AUGAUGUGUGAAGGGUUUAUUGGCCUAUAACUCCUCAUUGGAAAUAAAGCAACAGAUAAUUAUCUCUCACUACAGUCUUCUAGGAUUGGUCGGCUCUACUGUCAAUCAUACGCCCCAAGCCUAAACGGGAUGAAUGGGAUGUAGCCUACUCAUCUAUUCGCCGUAGUGCGCUCCCUCUCGCUCACACGCCUGUUGGCCAAGUGAUGGGAGACAACCACCGAUACUUUGUUUUUACGCACAGGGCGCGGACACACCUGACCGGAGUAUCUUUUCGUUUCGUUUGGAAUUGCGUAUCAAUGGAGCUGGAAAUUAGAUUAAUUCAUCACUAAAUAAUAAGAAGUCCGUUAUAAACAGCGUAUAGGCAAGUUGUGGAAUUAUGUCACCAGGAUUUUUGCAGUGGAAGAGGAGCGAAUAACUUUAGCCAAUAUGCGUUUUUGGAUUAUGACUCGUCUCGCCCGACUGUCCUAUGGAAUAUAGCCCAAUAUAUCAGAACCUGCAUUUUGUCUCAUCAUCCCACGUGAGGAAUAAACUCUUUGUUUUCUGCAUCAUGUUGUCCCUGUGGGUGUAUAUGAUAUAUUGCUGCGUCGGAUACUGUUCAACCAUGCCAAGUCUGAUGGUCGGUACAGCCAGCAGUAAACAUUCACAACAUCUCGAAACAGUUGACCCUAACAGAACUCAACCCCGACUCCAAAACGAAGGGGACUUGGAAUCCGAACACCAAGAAGAUCCGUUAGAUUCUUUAGAUCCGUUAUUCGGCGCAUCAUCCAGGGACGUGUUAAAUAAUGAGAGUGAUUUGGACAGCAGAGGAGGGGAGGACUGGGAUGAGAUUCGAAGCGAGCAGAGGACGUUGGAUAAUAAUGUCGUGUCAAGUCUCUUCAACGAGUCAGGGCCGGUGGAGAGUAAGAAGUUGCCCCAGGCGAUUAUCAUCGGGGUGAAGAAGGGAGGCACACGGGCGCUGCUGGAGUUCCUCCGCGUGCAUCCCGACAUUAGAGCUGUUGGGGCCGAGCCGCACUUCUUUGAUCGGAACUAUGACAAGGGGCUAGAGUGGUACAGAGACCGUAUGCCUGAGACUCAGGAGGGUCAGAUCACCAUGGAGAAGACCCCCAGCUACUACGUCACUAAAGACGUCCCCGCCCGUAUCCACACCAUGUCCCCAGACACCAGGCUGAUUGUGGUGGUCCGAGACCCCGUCACCAGGGCCAUCUCAGACUACACUCAGACCCGCUCCAAGAAACCUGACAUCCCCUCCUUUGAGAGCCUCGCCUUCAAGAACAGAACUACGGGUCUCAUCGACACGUCCUGGAGCGCCGUCCAGAUCGGGAUGUAUGCCAAGCACCUAGAACGCUGGCUGCAGUACUUCCCCAAGGACCAGCUCCUCUUCAUCAGCGGGGAGAGGUUGAUCUCCGACCCAGCCGGGGAGAUGACACGCGUACAGGACUUCCUGGGGCUCAGGAGGGUGGUCGGUCACAAACACUUUCACUUCAACCCAGCCAAGGGCUUCCCCUGUCUGAAGAGGCCGGAGGGGAAUAGUAAACCUCACUGUCUGGGUAAAACCAAAGGAAGGAUUCAUCCUAAUAUUGACCCUGAGGUGGUACAGAAGCUGAGGAACUUUUAUCAACCUUUCAACAGGAGGUUUUAUCAGAUGACGGGUCAUGACUUUGGAUGGGGUUCAUGGAGCUGAGCGACGGAGACAUUGAGUGAAUCCGAAAUGGAACCCUAUUCCCUAUGUAGCGCACUACCCUGGUCAAUAGUAGUGCACUAUAACAUUGGACAAAAUGGCACCCUCUUCCCUAUGUAGCGCACUACCCUGGUCAAUAGUAGUGCACUAUAAUAUCGGACAAAAUGGCACCCUCUUCCCUAUGUAGCGCACUACCCUGGUCAAUAGUAGUGCAUUAUUGAGGUUGUUGUACACUAUUCUGUUCAAAUGCAGUGCACUACUGAGGUGUUAUGGUGCCCUUUCAGACAGAGAUGUUGUAUUUUUCUUUGCGGGGUUUUAGGUUGUAAUUGUAACAAUUUGGAGAUAUUGUUAGACUGUGUAUAUAAGGCAGCGUGUGUAAAAAGUACAGAAGUCUAUUUUAUGAUAAUUUAUUUCUAGGAUAUUAUGAACUCACUGAGCUGCCUAUCCAUGUUUGUUGAGGAUCAUCACACAUCUUUACAUUCCUGUUUUUUAAAUCUUCGUUUGAAGGGCAUUUUGUAAUCUUGAAAUUACCUCAGAAAAAAUACAUGUGCAGGAAUUGUGGAAAUGAAAAUAUAACAGCACAAUUCUGUUACGGGUAGCAGCACUCGACCAGCAGGGUUAGGCUAGAGCUAUUGUUUCCCUUCAUAUACAUGCAAUGACUUUAUAAUGCUGCAUUAGCUCAUUCUCCCUCCCUUUACCACAUUGCUUUUUAACAUGACUGAACGAAUACCACACCAUCUCAGCAAAAACGGUUCAAUCACAAAGGUUGGUAGAAUGAGGACGUACAAAUACUGUAACGACCAGAGAAUUAGUGUUGGGUCAUUGAACACGGAGGCAUCUCUGUAGCCUCUUUGUUUUUAAAAUAUGUUUAAAAACCACUCAUGGAGUCCAAAUCAACCUCCUUAAGAUCAGCCUGACCUCCAGAGGCCUGUGGGCCCACUUCAUCCACCAGAUCAAUAUAUAGAACCCCAGCUGAUCCCGUCAGACUGCGUCCCAAAUGGCUCCAUGCUCACUUAAUCGUUCACUACUUAUGACCAGGACCCAUGGGGCAUUUAGGGAAACAGGGAACCAUUUGGGAUGCCCUUCCAGUGUCACUAUGACAGCUAUAUCAAUACAGUAAUAACUCAUCAUCACAUCAAUUACACGUGAGUGAUGCCACAUUACAGCUGAGUGAUGUCACAGUGCAGCUGAGUGAUGUCACAUUACAGCUGAGUGAUGUCACAGUGUAGCUGAGUGAUGUCACAUUACAGCUGAGUGAUGUCACAGUGCAGCUGAGUGAUGUCACAUUACAGCUGAGUGAUGUCACAGUGCAGCUGAGUGAUAUCACAUUACAGCUGAGUGAUGUCACAGUGCAGCUGAGUGAUGUCACAUUACAGCUGAGUGAUGUCACAUUGUCUUUUUGAUGAGAUGACACCGCAUUUUCAUGUUUGUAAUCCGUUCUUUGCUAACAGUGAGGUUGGCUUGUGUAAUGACUCUAUACAGGGAUGAUGAGCUGACCAUGAUACAGUAUAAUGUUAUCAUCACAGCCCUCUGUAGUCCUGUUAGGUAAAGUUAACAGGACUGCUGUUGGAUCAGCUGUUAUCAUCACAGCCCUCUGUAGUCCUGUUGGGUAAAGUUAACAGGACUGCUGUUGGAUCAGCUGUUAUCAUCACAGCCCUCUGUAGUCCUGUUAGGUAAAGUUAACAGGACUGCUGUUGGAUCAGAUGUUAUCACCACAGCCCUCUGUAGUCCUGUUGGGUAAAGUUAACAGGACUGCUGUUGGAUCAGCUGUUAUCAUCACAGCCCUCUGUAGUCCUGUUAGGUAAAGUUAACAGGACUGCUGUUGGAUCAGAUGUUAUCAUCACAGCCCUCUGUAGUCCUGUUAGGUAAAGUUAACAGGACUGCUGUUGGAUCAGAUGUUAUCAUCACAGCCCUCUGUAGUCCUGUUAGGUAAAGUUAACAGGACAGCUGUUGGAUCAGACCACAUUUAUUGGGAACUCAAUGGUGCAUUGUUGUGUUAUUGUUGUUGAAAUGGAAAGGCUGCGAUUCAAUCUGAUCGCACAUUGCAGUGCUCUUGACAUCAGAAAGUAAUUUCCAGCUGAGCCAACGUUAACAGAGGUUUACCUUGAAGGUCACCUCUGUGAAAGUGGGAACAUUACCUCUGUGAUAGUGUGCAGCAUUUACCUUGAAGGUCACCUCUGUGAAAGUGGGAACAUUACCUCUGUGAUAGUGUGCAGCGUUUACCUUGAAGGUCACCUCUGUGAAAGUGGGAACAUUACCUCUGUGAUAGUGUGCAGCAUUUACCUUGAAGGUCACCUCUGUGAAAGUGGGAACAUUACCUCUGUGACAGUGUGCAGCGCUGUAGCGAGCCUUGAAUUGAAUCGUGACCAACGUCUUGCUAUUCAGGGCUCACAAUUCCUUUCUCCUAAGUCUGUGUAUGGGUGAGUUUUAUUCAUCCCUAUACAGAGAGAUACGCCAAUGACAAUGUUUCUACCCAUCAAAUAUGAUGAUAAUGUAUUGAUAAAAAAUCUGUAUACAUACAUGAACAAAUCCAACUAUUUUGCUGUAUAGUUUCCAUUUUACAAAGAUGUAAAUGAGGCCGUUGUGAGUAAAA